CGAACCUUGUUGUCUCCACGGCAGAACCAAAUCAGUAGCUUACCACAAUCAUUGUUCAGUUACUCAGAAAAAGAAAAUGUAUCCUACAGCAGUAGUUUAUGAUCAUAAACAGAGAGCUGAACAGUAUCCAGGUCCUGUCCCGGUUUCAGGACUUCCAAAUAUUUCUUCCACACCACACUAUGCUCGGCCAUAUGUACACACAGGUUCCAGUGUGCUGGCUUAUGGUGUAGCAGGGAGGUGGUCCACUGAUCUUUGCCAUUGUUUUGAUGAUCCUGCAAAUUGUCUCACUACCUGCUUCUGCCCUUGCAUCACAUUUGGACAGAUUGCUGAGAUAGUAAACAGAGGUUCUCCAUCUUGUGUUUCUAGUGGCGCAAUCUAUGGGCUUCUGGGUCUUACUGGUUUUGCCUGCCUCUUCUCCUGUUUCAAUCGUUCAAAAUUGAGGGGGCAAUAUGACUUGGAAGAGGCACCUUGUGUAGACUGCUUAGUGCACUUUUGCUGUCCGUCUUGUGCCCUGUGUCAAGAAUACAGAGAGCUCAGGAAUCGUGGGUUUGAUAUGGGAAUAGGAUGGGAAGCAAACGAGGACAGACGAAGGCGUGCAGCUACGCAAGCUCCAAUCAUGACACCAGGCAUGACGAGGUGAAAGAGAAAAACUAAGGCCGGUGCUUCCUUGCUUUGCUUAUGCAAGCUACAUUUCAGUCUUAUCCAUGCUGCGGGUGUCAUCAUCAUAUUUUAUCUUGUUGUAUUCUCACUUCCAAGUGUGUAUCCGUGAUGAAUGUUGUGGAGGAAAAUCCUCAUAUACUUGAGAAGAAGGCCCCUCGUUGUUGCAAAAGAAAAUAACACAAUUAAUGAUGCUUCCUGGAUGAUUUUAAUUAAA